AUGUAUUCUCUCAUCGAAAGACUUGCAUCUCAGCUUCCGCUACAAAUUGCUGCAAAUGGUCUCAAUAUGACGAUGGGAAAUAGUACCACGCCAGGGAAUACGGAGCCUAUCAAUAUCUCGGGCCUCACUCAGCUCGCGACGCUCUGGAAGAUCCUCUCGGCUUUUGGAGUGGCACAAGACUGGAUCAAACUCUUUCUCCUCGGUACCGUCCUCGAGACGGUUCGCCGGUUCGCGUAUACAAUCUGGUAUCGGAUCAUCGAUUCUUUCUUCCUCACCGCGACGUUUGAAAGCGAUGACGAUGCCUAUUCGUGGCUCAUGGUCUGGGUCUCUCGACAACCCAACUGGCGCAAAGCCCGAGACGUUCAGGUGUCCACUCGGAGCUGGGGGCUCGAGGUCCAAGACAAUAGCACGAGGGGAAUCAUGCUCCCAGGAGAAGCCGGAGAUCCAACUUCCCAGCGUCCACUUCACCUCUUACCGAGCUUUGGGCUCCCUCAAACGUUCUGGUACAAGGGGCAUUGGAUGCGACUCACCAGAAGCCGCCGGGCAGUCAACGAGAACGACAACAUUGAAGUUUUGACUAUUAGUAUCCUCGCAAGAUCUCAACGCGUCCUUUAUGACCUCUUGACGGAGUCGAAGCGCCAAUACCAAGAGUCUGAAACGCACCGUGUAUCUAUUUACACCGUUGGCCCGUAUUACAACGACUGGAGGCGAUCAGGUUCUCGACCAAAGAGGCCUCUUGAUUCUGUUGUUCUCGAGCAUGGUCUCAAGGAAAUGGUUCUCCACGAUGCGCAAGAAUUUAUCAAUUCGGAAGCCUGGUAUGCAGCACGUGGUCUUCCAUGGCGGCGAGGUUAUCUACUCUAUGGAGUUCCAGGAAGUGGCAAGACAUCGCUGGUAUUCUCGAUCGCCGGGGAACUCAACCUCGACAUUUACGUGAUCAAUCUUGGCAAGAGGGGACUAGACGACAGCGGUCUGACCGAGCUCGUCUCUGAACUCCCACCUAGAUCGAUUGCUCUCAUUGAAGAGAUUGACGCCGUCUUUACGCGUGGCCUCAACCGGGAAACCAGCAAAGAGGAGGAAGGUGCCAACACCAAAAACUCUAUCUCGCUCGGGGGACUGCUGUCGGCCAUUGACGGCAUUCAAGCCAGCGAGGGUCGACUAUUGUUUGCGACGACAAACAACUACAAUGCGCUUGACCCGGCACUGAUUCGAGCGGGAAGGUUGGACGUGCAUGUGGAGUUUACCGAGGCUACACAAUUUCAAGUCGAGGAACUCUUCAAGCGAUUCUUCUGGGUCACAGAUGGGACACCCAAGGUAGUUUCGGAUGCCAAGCCUUUGGCAUCGUCCACAUCGCGUUAUGUCCGGCCCCAACCCGAAGAAUUGACAAAGGAAGAAUGCGACAGGCUGGCUAGCGAGUUUGCAGCUCGCAUCCCCAACCGCGAAUUUGCCAUGUCGAGCAUUCAGGGAUUCCUACUGAUGCACAAGUACCGGCCGUCCCAAGUCGUCAAAGAGGUGGAUGCGUGGGUCGAAAAGGAGCGUGCGGCCAAGCGGGAACGAGAGCGUGCAAAGGCUAGUCAGGAUUCCAAAGGAUCGCCCAAGGAUCCAUCAGAUUCCAAGGGACCGCCCUCACCUCCACCGGAAGAAGCCACGGCAUGA